AUGGAAAGAUUUUUUAAGAGAAAGUCAUCAUUGGGUAGUUCGGAUAGUGUGGGUAGUUCAAGAACUUCAAGUUCAAGACAAAGUGAGUUAGAUGAGGUGUUGGCUAAUCUUCAGGCAGACCCGGGACUAAGAAUUCGUAUGAUGGAGUAUGAUACUAAUAUUAGAGAUGAGGUUCGAAGAGCAUAUCUACAAAAAGGGCCUUGUCAACCUAGAGGUCAUUCUUUCCCACAAAGUAAUAUCUCAGGAAUUAAUCGACGCUUCAUUCCCCAAUGGUUUGAUGAAUUUGAUUGGUUGGAGUAUAGUGUAUCUAAAGAUGCUGCAUUUUGUCUUUAUUGCUAUCUCUUUAAAUCCAAUUUUGAACAAGUGGGUAGUGAAGCCUUCACUGGAGCAGGGUUUAAGAAUUGGAAGAAAGGGAGAGAAAGAAUGAAGGUGCAUGUUGGACCGGUUGGUAGUGUUCAUAAUAAAGCUAGAGAAGCUGCUACAAAUUUGAUGAAUCAAAAUACACAUAUUGAAACGGCUGUGAGCAAACACUCCGAACAAGCUCGUGUGGCAUAUCGAAGAUGCUUAAUUGCAUCAAUCAAGUGUACUAAGUUUCUAUUGAGACAAGGUCUUUCUUUUCGUGGAAAUGAUGAAAGUGCCACUUCAAGCAAUAGGGGAAAUUACUUGGAGCUAUUGCAAUUCCUUGCGGACAAUGAUGAGAAAGUUAAAGAAGUUGUGUUGGAAAAUGCUCCGGGGAAUCUCAAGUUAGUAGCUCCAAGUAUUCAAAAAGAUAUUGUCAAUGCAUGUGCGGGGGAAACACUUGAUGUUAUCAUGAGUGGUUUAAAAGAUAGAUUCUUUUCUAUAUUGGUGGAUGAAGCACGUGAUAUUUCGGUGAAAGAGCAAAUGGCUGUGGUGUUGCGUUAUGUGGACGACUCCGGGCAUGUAAUUGAAAGGUUUGUGGGGGUUCAACAUGUUACCGACACCACUUCAAGUUCACUAAAGGAUGCCAUUGACAUAUUCUUUUCUUCCAAUGGUUUGAGCUUUUCUAAGUUACGAGGACAAGGUUAUGAUGGAGCUAGCAAUAUGAGAGCACUUGUUGCCGUAGCAAAGAAGAAUAUUGAUAUUGCCUCUUUCUUCACAACCACUAAUAGUGUGGUUAACCAUGUUGGAGCAUCUUGUAAGCGGCGUGAUGCACUUAGAGCACAACUUCAAGAAGAGCUUGUGGUAGCUUUUGAAAAUGAUUGUCUUAUCACGGGGCGAGGUUUGCAUCAAGAAACAAGUCUCAAACGUGCCGGUGACACACGAUGGAGCUCACAUUACGGUACCAUUAUUAGCAUCAUUUCUAUGUUUUCAUCUGUGAUUCAUGUGCUUCAAAUGAUUAUUGAUGAUAAUCUCAAUGAUAGUGCCGGUGAAGCAAAUAAGAUUCAAAGGGAAAUGCUUACUUUUCAGUUUGUGUUUCACUUAUUCUUAAUGAAAGCUAUAUUAGGACUCACAAAUGAUGUGUCACAAGCAUUGCAAAAGAAAGAUCAAGAAAUUGUGAAUGCAAUGGCUUUGGUGAAAUCAUGCAAGGAAAAGCUACAUUGGAUGAGGAAUAAUGGGUUUGAUGCAUUGGUUGAAGAGGUGUCUUCAUUUUGUGACAAACAUCAUAUUGAUGUUCCUAACAUGGAUGAGGCAUUCGUACUUCUAGGGAGGUCAAGGCGUAAUGCUCCAAUAAAGACAAAUCGUCAUCAUUAUCGUGUGGAGCUUUUUAUUUAUGUCAUUGAUGAGCAACUUACGGAGUUGGAUGAUUGUUUUAAUGAGGUAAAUACUGAGUUGCUUAUUUGUUUGGCAUGUUUGAGUCCCAAUGAUUCAUUUGUAGCUUUUGAUAAACAAAAGCUACUUCGUCUUGCUCAAUUUUAUCCUCAAGACUUUUCGGAUGGGGAUAUUUUGGCACUUGAAGAUCAACUUGAGGUUUAUAUUCAUUAUGUGUGUUCGAGUAGUGAUUUCUCUAACUUGCAAGGGAUUGGUGAUCUUGCAAAAAAAAUGGUGGAGACAAGGAUGCAUCGAGCAUUCAAUUAUGUGUAUUUGCUUAUUACAUUGGCUCUAGUUUUACCGGUUGCUACUGCUUCAGUCGAGAGGGCAUUUUCCGUCAUGAAUAUUAUCAAAGGUCCACUUCGAAACAAAAUGGUAGAUCAGUGGUUGAAUGAUAGCUUACUUGUUUACGUUGAGAAGGAUGUUUUUGAUUGUAUUGAAAAUGAAGCUAUAAUGCUACGUUUUCAAAAUAUGAAACCUCGUCGUGGCCAAUUGUAA